ACACCCCCCCUCCUGAGUCCUGCCCUCCAUUCCUCCCUUAAGCUGCUGCUCUUCUUCACCCUUCCCAAGACAGCAACACAGUUGGCCUCUCUGGCAGACUGGAAGGAGACCAACUUUCAAACCCCUCCUCCUUCUCUCUCCUCACUGCACAUUGCAGUGUUUUGUUGGGUUUUUACCCAGUACUAACUUUCCCUCCACACCAAGACCUCUCUGUUUUAGUAGUCCCACUCUCUCUUCAAGGCCAAGUGAGGAGUUAGUAAGAGAGAGAGAGAGAGAGAGAGAGAGAGGGGUCUGAGUGGGUCUGGUCACCUGCAGGUGAUGGGGAGCAAGAGCUCACCACCCUCCAUUUCCCUUCUGUUGCUUUUGUUGGUGGUGGUGGUGGUGGUGGUGGAGGUGGUGCUUCUUGUUCCAGGAGCAGAAUGUGGAGUGGCAUAUGAUAGGAAGGCCAUCAUCAUCAAUGGGCAGAGGAGGGUUCUCAUCUCUGGCUCCAUCCACUACCCCAGAAGCACACCAGAGAUGUGGGAAGGACUGGUGCAAAAGGCUAAGGAUGGAGGGUUGGAUGUUAUUCAGACCUAUGUGUUCUGGAAUGGCCAUGAGCCUUCUCCUGGCAAUUAUAAUUUUGAGGAGAGGUAUGAUCUGGUCAGGUUCAUAAAAACUGCUCACAAGGCAGGGUUGUAUGUCCACCUCCGGAUCGGGCCGUAUAUUUGCGGAGAAUGGAAUUUCGGUGGGUUUCCAGUUUGGUUGAAAUAUGUUCCGGGGAUCAGCUUCAGAACAGAUAAUGAGCCUUUCAAGAUGGCCAUGCAGGGUUUCACCCAGAAAAUUGUGGAGAUGAUGAAGAGUGAAUCCCUGUUUGCAUCCCAGGGAGGCCCAAUUAUUCUCUCGCAGAUUGAGAAUGAGUACGGACCCGAGAGCAAGGCAUUUGGGCCGGCGGGUCAUUCGUACGUAAAUUGGGCUGCACAAAUGGCUGUUGGAUUAGGCACCGGAGUGCCGUGGGUGAUGUGCAAAGAGGAUGAUGCCCCAGAUCCUGUGAUAAAUGCGUGCAAUGGAUUCUACUGUGAUGCUUUUACACCAAACAGGCCUUAUAAGCCUAUGAUGUGGACUGAAGCGUGGAGUGGCUGGUUUACAGAGUUUGGUGGCACAGUUCGCGAGCGACCAGUUGAAGAUUUGGCAUUUGCCGUCGCACGCUUCAUACAGAAGGGUGGCUCUUUCAUAAAUUACUACAUGUACCAUGGGGGAACAAAUUUUGGGCGUACAGCCGGAGGUCCCUUUAUUACAACAAGUUAUGAUUAUGAUGCUCCAAUUGAUGAAUAUGGACUGAUCAGGGAACCAAAAUAUGGACACCUCAAAGAACUCCACAGGGCCAUUAAAUUAUGUGAACAAGCUUUAGUGUCUACUGAUCCAACAGUUACUUCUCUCGGAAGCAUGCAAGAGGCUCAUGUCUUCACAUCCCAACCGGGAGUCUGUGCAGCUUUCCUUGCAAAUUACAACACAAAUUCCAUUGCAAGAGUCAUGUUCAAUAAUGUGCACUACAACCUACCACCUUGGUCUAUCAGCAUCCUCCCCGACUGUAGGAAUGUAGUAUUCAAUACUGCAAAAGUUGGUACUCAAACUUCCCAAAUGCAAAUGUGGGCAGCUGAUGCCCCCUCGCUAAUGUGGGAGAGGUAUGAUGAGGAGAUUGGUUCGCUUGCAGAUACUUCAUCAAUCACCUCAACUGGUCUAUUAGAGCAGAUAAAUGUUACCAGGGAUACUAGUGAUUAUCUCUGGUACAUUACCAGUGUUGAUGUGAGUCCAAGUGAAAGAUUCUUACAAGGCGGUCAACUGCCUAGUCUCACAGUACAAUCAGCCGGUCAUGCUCUGCAUAUCUUCAUUAAUGGGGAGCUCUCAGGUUCUGCUUAUGGAACUAGGGAAGAUAGGAGAGUCACAUACACCGGCAAUGUCAAUCUCCGUGCUGGUUCAAACAGAAUUGCACUUUUAAGUGUGGCUAUUGGGUUGCCGAAUGUUGGGGUCCAUUAUGAGUUAUGGAACACAGGUGUUCUUGGUCCUGUUGUGAUCCACGGUUUCGAUGAAGGAAGACGAGAUUUAACCUGGCAGCAGUGGUCCUACCAGGUCGGACUAAAAGGAGAAUCCAUGAAUCUAAACUCCUUAGAAGGUGCAACUUCAGUUGAAUGGAUGAGUGGUUCUUUGGUAGUUCAAACUCAGCAGCCAUUAACUUGGUAUAGGGCAUAUUUUGAUGCUCCUGGUGGCGAUGAUCCACUGGCUCUUGAUAUGGGUACUAUGGGCAAAGGUCAAGUAUGGAUAAACGGACAAAGCAUUGGAAGAUACUGGACUGCAUAUGCACCAAAUGGCUACUGCAAUGGUUGCACUUAUACUGGGACUUACCGAGCACCCAAGUGUCAAAGUGGUUGCGGUCAACCAACCCAACGUUGGUAUCAUGUGCCGCGAUCCUGGUUACAACCAACCAGAAACCUAUUAGUAGUAUUCGAAGAACUCGGUGGGGACGCCACAAAGAUUUCUCUAGUGAAGAGAUCGGUGUCCAGUGUUUGUGCCGAUGUUUCUGAAUGGCACCCCAACAUAAAGAACUGGAAAAUCGAGAGCUAUGGCCAGACUGAGGAGUUCCGCAGGCCAAAGGUCCACUUACGGUGUGCAUCGGGGCAGUCUAUUUCAGCCAUCAAGUUUGCAAGCUUUGGAACGCCUUCUGGAACUUGCGGAAAUUUCCAGCAGGGAACUUGCCACUCGCCAGAUUCGCACAUCGUGUUGGAGAAGAAGUGCAUCGGGCGGCAGGCUUGUGCAGUGGCGAUAUCCCCCAACAACUUUGGCGGAGAUCCGUGUCCAAAUGUGAUGAAGAGAGUGGCGGUGGAAGCUAUCUGCUCCCCUACUCUAGAGCCAAUACCGUAAGCUUGACUCAUUUUUCAUGGUGUGAUUGAUGGAAACCUUUUUAGUUGGUUUUGUUUGAUCACAUCCAUAUCGUAAAGGAGACAAAGGGAAGGGGCAAAAAUUGUAAAUGAGUCGGCGCGUAUACGGAAGAAUCAUGCGCUUUUCUUGUUUGUGUGUGCUAGUUGCUUUCAGGUGGGGCACCAUAGUUAGAUAAGCUUAGCGCUUAGCAUUUAUUCGGUAUUCGAGUAACCAUUCUGGUUCCUACACUGCUAAAGAAAAGUAGGUCCCAGAACAGUGAUGAAGAGGUAAAGAAAAAAGAGAAGCAAAGGAAAAGGAUUGCACUUUUGCUUUUCUCAAUGUCUCUCAUCCUUCUUUUUUUCAAAGGAAGAAACAUGUAAUUGUAUCAUUGUUUGUGUUAGGUAGUGAACUUGGUUCUCAUUUAUGGCAUUUGUUUUCUUUUUGUGAUGUAAUGUGUGUUGUUUGAAUGGAUUGUGAUGACAAAUUGGCCAAAUGAAACACCAACUUUUUCCUUGUCA